AAAUUUAGGAAGAUGAGAAUUUUGUUGAAUUGCUCAAAAUAACAAUAAAUUAUAACAAUAUGUCAGCAAUCAAACCACUAGUAACUGUUGUGCGCGCUGGACGUUUAAGUUACACAGCCGGUCUGCGACUGCAAGAGCAGCUGUCAAAACAAAAAGUUUCGGAUUUUGUAGAAUUUCGCAAUUUCCUGCUGCUUCUGGAACAUGAUCCGGUGUAUACAAUAGGCAUACGUACCAAAGGCUACACAGCAGCGGAUGAGCGACGAUUACGCCAACUGGGCGCCGAGUUCCAUCGCACAGAUCGCGGUGGUCUCAUCACAUUUCACGGUCCUGGCCAAUUGGUUGCCUAUCCGAUCCUCAAUCUGCGUCAAUUCCAGCCGAGCAUACGCUGGUAUGUGGGCACCUUAGAGCAGAUGGUGAUUGAAACGUGUCGGCGAAUGGGCAUACCCAAUGCCAGCACGACCAAGGAUACGGGUAUUUGGGUGGGUGAUCAAAAGAUUUGUGCAAUUGGCGUGCACGGAUCUCGUUACGUCACCACACAUGGCAUUGGUCUCAAUUGCUCGACGGAUUUGCAAUGGUUUGAUCACAUUGUGCCCUGUGGCAUUGAGGGCAAGGGAGUCACAUCGCUGACCCAACAGCUGGGCAGGCACAUCAGCUUAUCCGAGGCAACUGCAAAUCUGCUAAAGAGUUUCGCCCAGAUCUUCGACUGUCGCUUGCAGGAGGAGCAAAAGGAACGAGUCACAAACUAACAAUAAGUUGUAAAAAUGUACCACCUUAAUAUGUUCAUUAAUUAGAAAAUUAUUUAGUCGAA